AUGGCUGCCCGCUAUGACCGCGCCAUCACCGUGUUCUCCCCGGACGGGCACCUCUUCCAAGUGGAGUACGCCCAGGAGGCCGUGAAGAAGGGCUCCACGGCUGUUGGAAUUCGAGGGCUGGACAUAGUUGUAUUGGGGGUAGAGAGAAAGUCUGUUGCCAAACUUCAGGAAGAAAGAACUGUGAGAAAGAUUUGUGCACUUGAUGAUCAUGUCUGCAUGGCUUUUGCAGGUCUGACUGCUGAUGCUAGAAUAAUAAUUAACAGAGCCCGUGUGGAGUGUCAAAGCCAUAAACUUACUGUUGAGGAUCCAGUCACAGUAGAAUAUAUAACACGCUAUAUAGCAUCUUUAAAGCAGCGCUAUACACAGAGCAAUGGACGUAGACCUUUUGGUAUUUCUGCCUUGAUUGUGGGCUUUGAUGAUGAUGGUAGUCCCAGAUUGUAUCAGACAGACCCAUCUGGUACAUAUCAUUCUUGGAAGGCAAAUGUAAUUGGUCGCAAUGCUAAAACUGUGCGUGAAUUUUUGGAGAAGAAUUACACAGAAGAAGCUAUAGCAACUGACAAGGAAGCUAUCAAAUUAGCAAUCAGAGCUUUGCUAGAAGUUGUGCAAUCUGGUGGAAAAAACAUUGAACUUGCAAUAAUAAGGAGAAACCAACCACUGCAGAUUUUUAGUGCAAAGGAUAUUGAAUCACAAGUUGCAGAAAUAGAGAAGGAAAAAGAAGAAUCUGAAAAGAAAAAGAAGAAAAGUAUUUAAAUCCCAGAUAAAUGCUGAUUGCUGCUUAUUAAAAUGUUUCCAAAGUUUUAAAAAAUACUAGCUGACCACAGUAUUUACAGCUGCUGAAUAAACUUGUCUCUUUCAUUAUCAAAUACUCUAGUUUUCUGAAACCUGUUACAAUUACAAAUGUGCUAGUUCUAAUGUGCUUGUAUUUACUAUGGUGUGCAAACAGGCAGGUAUUUGCACCUUGCCAUUCCUCCAUUUAUUUAUUGUUUACAUAUUCAGCAUUAAAAGGCAUUGUCAAACUUCCUGUAAGCAAAUUAUCACCAAACUAUGGGCACAUCUCUGUACAAGAUAUUAAAGGUUUCCAAGUGUUCAAUUUUUUCUUAUGUAACUUUUUGCAAGUUUGAUAAGUCUGUGUUUACAUACUAUUAUUGUUACAUAUGGAAUUCAAUAAAGUUCUGAUUUAUGUUU